AUGUCGACCAUUACCCGAACUUUACGCAAUCUGUGGAAGGUUGGCUUCAAGGAUUAUGGCCACCAAAUGCAAUACAUUGGCGAUACCAAAUACGGAGCCCUUGUCGGACAAGACAGAUAUGGAAACAAGUACUACGAAAACUUGGAAGAAGAUCUCCCCUUACGGACGCGAUGGGUCGACUACAAAGACAAAGAACUUGACGCCAGUCACAUAGAGCCCGGCUGGCAUGCCUGGAUGAGCUAUAUGGUUGACAAACCACCCCCGGAUGAUAAGAUAAUGCAGAGGGGAUUGAGACCUUGGGAGCCCGAGAAGCCCAUGAUCAACAAUACAGGAGGCCGAGCAGCAUAUACACCAUACUCAACGACGAAACCGAAGUAUAGCGCUUGGGACCCUGUCGCCAAACCCAGGGACGGAUCUACACCCUUCACCAAAGGAGACAUACGGGAAGGAGGCGAAUUCGAACCGAAAGCCUGA